AUGUUGCGUGACGCAGCAUUCAGAACCGGCACCAUAUACCUUGCACAGAGGCACCACACCAUAACCCAAAGAGUCCCCUCCCACAACACUAUGGAAAAGGAUAAACUGGCAUCUCCUCCGGGCUCCGUGGCACUCCGAUUCGCCUUCGCGUCUGCACUUGAGGAAUCGGAGUUCCCCAGAACCAGGACUGAGUUGCCAGUGAGCGGAGUCAUCAACAACACGGGGCACAGUGUGGUGUUCACCCUGGGAGUCACCGGUCACCAUCACCCUAGUAUCAACGUGACGGGGGGUCCUCUGUCCUACCGGUACCAGGUCAGCCACGUGCAGGUCCACUUCGGAGCCGGAGAUCACAUCGGAUCCGAACACACCGUCAACGGCACCGCUUUCCCUGCAGAGCUUCAAGUCUACGGAUUCAACUCACAGCUAUUCAGUAACUUCUCAGAAGCUGUCAACCGUGCUCAUGGCGUGGUGGCUAUUUCUGUCCUUCUUCAGUUGGGAACCCAGGGGCACCCGGGGCUGCGGCCGCUGACGGAUGCGGUGCAGCGGGUGCGGUGGGCCGGAACCUCCUCGCUGGUGGAGCGCGUGAGCGUGCGCGCGCUCCUGCCCGACAGCCACCACUACAUCACCUACGACGGGUCUCUCACGCAGCCCCCCUGCCACGAGACCGUCACCUGGGUCCUCGUCAACCGCCCAGUCUACAUCACCAAGCAGCAGCUCCACGGCCUGCGUCAGAUACACCAGGGCAGCAAGGACGUACCAAAGGGCAAAAUGCUGAAUAACUACCGACCAACUCAGCAGCUGUAUCAUCGGCCGCUGCGAACGAACAUUGACUUCACCAACAGCAGGCAGCUGCACUGUCCCUCCAUGGCCCCGCAGAUGUAUUAUACAGGUGAGUCCGCCUUGGCUGCGAUUGCCUGGCCAACACGUGGAGGUAAUGACACACCAUUCGUAGUCAGCGGAAGGUUGUUGUGGUUGAACUGCCAAGGGGCCAUCAGCAAGCAGCAACGCGCAGAGGUAGCUGAUACUUCAGCAGUCAUCAGGAACAAGGAGUGGUUCCUGAUACUUCGACCGUCAGGGGCAAAUAGGAGCUCCUGA